AUGCUUUCACUCGUUCUUAAGGCUGAGCUGGAGGGCGUGACCGGCCUCCAGCCCACUGAUACUGAAGAGAACCCCUACUUCUACACGUUCAAGGUGCAAUGCAGCUCUUGCCGCGAGACGCACCCGAACUGGGUCAGCUUCAAUCGCUUCGAGACACAUGAGAUCCCUGGUAGCCGUGGCGAGGCCAACUUCGUCUGGAAGUGCCGGCUGUGCACGAAAACUCACACUGCUUCCAUCACUGCGGGCCCCCAUGUCUACGAGGCCGAUGAGAAGAAGAGCAGCAAGAAGAUUAUCGAGAUGGACUGCCGCGGACUUGAAUUCGUUGACUUCAAGGCUGAUGGUGAAUGGGAGGCCAAGGGCGCCGAGACCACCACCAAGUUCACAGAAAUUGAUCUUAUGGAGGGUGAGUGGUAUGAUUACGAUGAGAAGGCUGGUGAGGUUAGCAUCAAGGAGAUUACCUGGACCGUCGGCCGGUGA